UGGAGGAAAGAAAUUGCUGCAGUAAUGAAGCUCGUACCGCUGUUAGUUUUUCAAUUGGUUGCCACCUACCAGAUGUGCACUGCCUGUAUUUAUGCCAGCUGCCCGAGUAAAUACCUAAACUUUUGGCUAUAUAAUGAGCAAACGUGGUCAUCCCCCGUUCUUUUGACUCCAGAAAAAUAUGAGAAACUCACUCAGGGGGGGGACAUUGCAAUAUUACUUCACGACUAUAUGGGAACUAAGGACACUUCACCCAACAACUGGUUGAGACAAAUAUUGGUUUACAGCAAAGAGGUCAAUGUCGUUUCUUUGGACUAUGCAGAGCUGGUGAAAGAGGGGUGCUAUGGGCUGGCCGUAUACAAUGUGCAUACGAUCAGCUCAUGCCUAGCGAAGCUCAUCGACAAACUGCUUGAGGUGGAUUGGAUGACACCAGACAAGCUCCAUGUUAUUGGCCAUGGCCUGGGCGCUCACGUAGCUGGUCAACUCUCCAACUAUGUGAAUCAGAAGCUUAAACACAUAACAGGCUUGGAUCCUUUAAGCGCGGAGUUUCAUAAAUUACAUAAAAGGGCGAAGUUGGACAAAGAUGAUGCAGAAUUCGUGGAUGUUAUUCACACGGAUCCAUUUGAGCGCGGCAUGUUGCUGCCUGUGGGCCAUGCAGACUUUUAUCCCAAUCCUGCUAUGGCCUAUCAAACAGGCUGUGAAAGUCCAAUUACUAGAAGCCUCUGUAAUCAUGAGCGAGCGUCUCAGUUGUAUGCUCAGUCUGUUCUAUCGUCCAUUGGUUUUUGGGGCUUGAAAAUGUGAAAAUAUGAUUAAAUACGCUGAAAAGGAUUGCGGACAACAUAUAUACGCAGUGAUGGGCUUACGGUAAUACCCCAAAGGACACCAACGGAUCUUACUUCUUACCCACGGGCCAAAUACCACACAUUCCCAAAUAAGAAAUAUACGUAGGAGUCUUAAAAAGUUGCAAAAAAAUAAAAUGAAGAUUGAGAUAAAUGUU